CGCGGGCGCCAUGGCGGCGGAGGCGGCGGCGGGGCCGCUGGCGCUGGUGACCAGCUGUGCCGCGGCCUUCGCGCCCGAGGAGCUCGUCAAACGUAUCACAGGCAAAGAUGACCUGACUGUGGGGGCAGUUACAAGUGGAAGAGUGACUUUUUACCCCUGGACAAUAGAUAACAAAUACUACUCUGCAGAUAUUCAUCUCUGUGUGGUGCCAACCACCUUCCACGUUACUGCAGAGAUCGCUGAGUCCGUGCAGGCAUUUGUGGUGUACUUUGACAGCACAACAAAAACUGGGCUGGAAGGUGUCUCUGAGUGGCUCCCCCUGACAGAAGAGUGGCUGCCAGAGGUGCUGAUCCUGGUGUGUGACAGAGUGUCUGAGAACGGUGUAAACAGACAGAAAGCUCAAGAAUGGUGCAUCAAACAUGGCUUUGAGCUGGUAGAACUUAACCCCGAGGAGCUGCCUGACGAAGAUGAUGAUUUCCCAGAGUCCACGGGGGUGAAGAGGAUCGUGCAGGCCCUCAACGCCAACGUGUGGUCCAACGUGGUGAUGAAGAGCGACAGGCCCCAGGGCUUUGGGCUCCUCAGCUCCUUGGCGGCUGCAAACAGAAGUGUUGGCUCCGAAGACCCCCCGGAGACAGAAUCCAACCCCUCCCCAGCAGACAGAGGAGAUUCCCAGUCUGACAGCAGGGAAGAUGGAGCUGGAACAAACAACCUGCAGCUGGACAACGCUGCAGAUCCCAUGUUGGAUAUGGACAUCCAGGAGCUGGCCAGUCUGACCACCAGGGAUGGGGACCUGGAGAACUUCGAGAGGCUGCUCUCAAAGCUCAAAGAAAUGAAAGAUAAAGCUGCCACGUUGCCCCACGAGCAAAGGAAGCUCCAUGCAGAGAAGGUGGCCAAAGCCUUCUGGAUGGCGAUUGGAGGAGACAGAGAUGAGAUUGAAGGGCUCUCCUCAGACGAGGAGAACUGAGUUGUUGUGCAGCUGGACCUGCAGGGCAAUCCUGCAGGAAUGAGCUCCCCUUAAUCAGGUGUUUAUUGCCAAAAGCCCCUUUAGCUUUACCCCCUUUCACUGGGGAGAGGAUUCCCCGUGUCCCUGUAGUGAGCUGAACAUUCCACACCAAUCCCUGGCUCCAGUGGCUCUGUCUGACUGCCCUUUGUCCCCUCCCAGAGGAGUUUGGAAGGCGCCACGCGCAGUUCAAGGAAACAGGAACGAGUUUCCAUUUUUCAGAGGAACUUUUUGAUUGCUUCCUCCUCGGAAUUUAAAUAAACAAACGUGCUCCCAGU